UUCAGUUGAACUUCAUUUUACAGCUAGGCAAUAAUGGGAGGAGGGUUUUCCUACCAGCUGUCUGAUUUUGAAGACACGAUCCUAGAAGAUAUUGCAUUGAAACCCAACAAUAAUGGCAUCUGUGAUGGGAAGAGUCCAACUGAUCACGAUUGUGUGGAUUGUGAUGAAAGUGAUGAUGAAAACGAUGACGAAUUUUCCUCGAUAGAUGUUCGUGAUUACAUUGACCAGUUUCCGUUUGAAAACAUUGUAUUUGAGGGAGGUGGAGUUAAAGGAAUGGCCUACCUAGGAGCGCUUAAGCUUUUGGACGAAAUUGGUUUGUUAAAGAAAAUCAAAAGGUGUGCUGGAACAAGCAUUGGCUCUGUUACAGCUCUUGUUGCAGUGCUAGGAUUCAACGCAGAGGAAAUAGAAGAAAUCUCCAGUGUGAAUCUCGGUGCCUUUCUCGAUGUCGGGAAAUGGAGAGUCAUUUAUAACAUGUUCCAAUUUUUGGGCUGGCAAAACUACACUUCCUUUUAUGAUUAUAUUGGAACGUUAGUGGAAAAGAAACUCGGCAACAAAGAUGCUACUUUUCGCGAUCUCUAUGAAAAAACGGGAAGGGAACUGUGCGUUGUAGUCACCAACUUAACAGUACUACAUGAGGAGUACUUUCACCCGAAGACAACUCCAAAUAUUCCAAUCCGACUAGCCGUCCGGAUGUCAGUCGCACUCCCAGGCUUGAUUCAACCAGUGAAAUGUCGGGUAAAUGGACAUACCGCUCUGUACUCGGACGGUGGAAUCAUCAUGAACUACCCAAUCUCUUGCUUUGACGGAUGGUGGUUGUCGAUGAAAAAUGAAGACUCUUUUCUCAGAAGACUGCAUCCUUUGAAAGAUUUACCCAAAAUAUUGGACAGAAGAAACAAGUUUGCGAGAGACGAAAAAACAUCCGAUAAAACGCUUGGCUUUAUUGUGUUCAACAACGAUGACGAGACGAACAACUAUAAUUCGGUAGUAACACGCAAAAAUAAGCACAAAGUGACAUAUCCAGAUACUACGCUGGCAAGGAAAGCCUUAGACAGAAGAUUAACCGCCGUAAGGCUGGGAAAAGAACAUCAGUCUACCGGAGAAGCUAUCAGUAAAUUCUUGGAGUUAGCAGGAAAGUAUGACAUUGACUGCAGUAACACCAUCACCAAAGAUGAAUUGACAGAAGUUUUCAAAGAUGAAACAUUCACUGCUGGACAGAAAGAAAUACUGUUUGGAGAAAAUGCCACAAUUGAAGCUGCAAUGAAAAUUAUGGAUAAAGAUAGCAGUGGAAAUAUUGACUUCAAUGAGAUCGUCGAAUAUUGCAGUCGCAAAGGGUAUGCAUUAGCAAACUAUGGCAUACUAGGAUCAGAAAAGCAACAAAUCAAUUCGUUAAAGGACUUCACUCAAGCUUUUUUCUCAACGGUAUCUCUAAACGCAGACCAGAUAGGAUUCAGUUCUAAAGAUUUACCCAGGACAGUCGGCGUCCAUACACAUUAUGUGAACACGGCUGAUUUUAGUGUGGAAACAGAAGAUGUAAAAUUUAUUAUGGAGGAAGGAAAAAAAUCUACCUUGGCUUUUUUGAAACAUUUUGCAGCUACAAAGCUAAAACCCAAACAAUCAUGAGACCCGUGUGCGUGAAGUCAAAGUUUUUUUUUAUUUUGUAGAAAUCCUUUUAAGUCAAUUAUUGCUAUCUAUAGCAAAACCAUUUUAAAAAUAACAUGGUGACAUCAGUGAAUUAGUAAUAAACUGCAAUUUUAUCUACAUUGUGUGUACAAUUAUUACAUCUGUUAAAAAUUCUUCAGACUAUGCGUAUAAGCAAUACUUUACAUUUGAUAUUUUCUCCUUCCUACUUAUUUAUAUUACGCAACAUAUUCGAAUACUAAUAGACUCUCAGGUGAUAUUAGAAUUAUGUGACAACUGUGUCAACAUUUAAACAUUGUGGUCGUGUCGUUAAGAAUGAUUGAAGAUAAAGUUUGUGCUGUUUUAUAUUUUAUCAUUAAAUUUGUCAUGUGUUAACGCAUGAAAUUCUUGCAACAAUGUUUAAGCGGCUGGAUGUUAACAGAUAUACCGUAAAAUUUGAAAUAUUACAUUUUUGGUCAAAAACUAAUAUUUAGUUAAUAAAAACCUUAAAAUAUUUUAGCUUUAAUGUUUUUCUUUACCUUUAUUAAAGCUUAUCGUCUCAAGGAAAUAAUUUAAAAAUUGCCAUGACCAUCCAGGUCUCUUAAAGGGACAUGGUCACGAUUUUGGUCAAAAACUAUUUUUUAUGUUCUGAGUAUUAACAAUGCUUUUGAAAUGGAUUUCUAAUGAACAAAUAAAAUUUGAUAGUCAUUCGUAGAGUUAUAAGCAAGAUACGGGGCUCACAGUUCUCUGUCAUGUAAACAAGGCUCGUUCCCUGUUUUUGUUUACAUAGGUUCAAUAUACCUAUAAAAAAAUCUUUUUCCAGCUUAUUUGUCUAUCUUUUUAUUAAUUUUAAGCAAAGAUAAGCAAUUCCUAACGUUUAACACAUUCGUUUUAGGUUUUAACCUGUAAUUUUACUUCAACGUUCAAAAUGUAAACAAAUGCUUUGUUUACAUAGUGAAGAAUUUCAAGCUCUGUUACUUGCUUUUAACUCAACAAAUGACACUCAAAUUUCGGUUGCCUAUUAAAAAUGCCUUUCUGAAGCAUUGUAAAUAAUAAAACUUGAAUUUUUUUUUGACGAAAAUCGUGACCAUGCCCCUUUAAGAUAUAGCCUACUUUGUGCUACAUAUUAUACAGUGUAUGCAGUCACGUAGCAUCAGGGGGCCAGACCCCACUUCCCAUUUUUUCUUACAGCAAUUUUUUUUUUAAAUUACAGAUAGAAAAUUGAAUUUUGAUACAGACCCCCCCCCACAACUUUCUAGGGAGUUUUUAUAAAAUGUAAUUAGAAUUAAGGAAGUCCCAGAUUAGGAUUUUUCAUGAUCGGCGAAUUUGCUUCUAUUUUUGCUCGUCAGGAUUUUUUGAAUGAGUCUGCCCCUCCCAAUGCCCUCCUGCAUUCAAACACGAUGCUACGUGCCUGAUACCAUGACCAUGGUAGAAUUGCUCAUCUGAGCCAACAAUAUACUAGUUUUUAAGAUUUCUAAAUGCAUUACAUAACUUUGAAAGGUAGAUGAGCAAUCAAGACAGUGUUAAUGAAUAAUCCAAAUUGUACUCUCCAACUCUACAGAGGAAAGUGUUACAUGUACCAAUAUUUUUCUAUAAAGAAUUGAAAAUUCAAAUUGCUGCAGUUAGUCCUCCACGAAUACCUCAAAAUGUUUAUGGUGAAUAGCAGCUAAACCUUUUAUAUUAAAAUCAGUAGGUUUGAUGUUGGAACUGUCGUUUAUAUGUAAAUGUACAAAAAUGAUAUUUUAUAGAAGGCCAGAGGAAGGCAUUUCUUUCAGAUACGGUGCAUUCUAGUAUCUUCAAGAUAUGGAUGAAAAUGUAGGAUAUUUUCUUCAUGGUGACCAUUGGACCUCCAGGCAUUCCUUGUGGAUUAAAUUGGCCUGAUCUCGGUUGAUCAGAAAAGUACAGGGCGAACAAUUUUUCUCUGUCAUAUCAAAAAUUAAUUUUUAUAAUUUUUUUGGGUGAAAUAUUAACUUCAAAAUAAAGUUUUCUUUCUAUGAUACAUGAAUACUCAAAGGCUUAAGUAAA